AUGCGUCGUGUACCAAGGUUACGGGUGCCCGUGUCGGCGGGCCUUGUCCCGACGUCAAUACCAUGCAGUGCUCUCCGUGCACCUGCAGCAGCAACCCUUGCCUCUACCUCAACUCUUCCUCCGACUUCGAGAGCGAACAACCCACAAACCCGGCGCUACCUCUCCACGACUCCCAUCCGCUCGUCCAAACCCCAGACCGAACCUCAGACCGAACCUCAGACCGAACCCACCGCCGAAGAAUACCAAGCCUACGAGCAAGAGUACCUCCCAGCCCCCGGCCCCGAGAUUCAGACUCAGCUCGUCUAUCCCCGCGAGACCAGGACCGCCCCCACGCCGACGGCGGUGCCCGAUCCGACCUACAAGCCGGCCGAGACGGCCGAGGGGCUCGAGGAAGUGGGCGGGCUGACCGGGUGGUGGGAGGACCCGGCGCACUGGGGCAGCGAGGGCGGCGCGCCCGAGUUCGUCAAGUCGGUCAUCACGCCCUUCGGCCCCGCCGAGCGGGUCACCGACCCGGCCGUGCUCGAGGUGCUAGCCAAGCGGGCGAUCGUGGAGGCGCUCGUCGUCGCGCGGUUCGCGGGCGCCGGGAAGAAGAAGGCCGUCGACCGCCUCUUUGCCCAUGCCGACGGCAUGGACCGCCUGGGCAAGAUCGUCCGCGUCGAUAUUGUUGCUGGCGAGGACGGGGCUGCGACGCUGAAGGAGGCUGCGGACUGGGCGAGGGUGUGGGAUGUGCUCAAGUCGGCCGUGAAGAUGGCGAGGCAGCAACAGCAGCCGCAGCAGCCGCAGCAGCCGGAGGCGGUGGAGCAGGUGGAGGGUGAGGCGGUGGAAGCCGCGGUGCCAGAAGUUGAGGCGAAAGAAUCGGCCCCCGCACCACAACUCACUCCCCAGGUAGCCAAGAGCUUUGUGGGGGCCUGGAACAAUGAGUGGAAGAAGGCCCAGCUGAGGGAUCCGGUGGUCAAGUUCUAUGCCGCCAAGCGGAUCCUACAACUCACGGGACACCGUAUCCCCGACGGCAAGCUGGUUCUCGCCCACACCAUCGAGAACCUCCUGCAGCAGCUCGUCGCACCAGAGAAGCCGAAGAAGCUCGCCGAGCUGGUCGAGAACAAGGACGUCUUCAAGGAUUUGCCCAACGUCCGUGUCUUCCCCAGGAGAGUCACGCCGAUCGACAAGGAGCAGAUGGUGGGUCGCUGGAAGAUCAUUGUCAAGGAGCUGGAGAAGCGCGAGUUACCCGUCACUGGCACAGGCGGCUACGGCCCGCCGGUCGAGAAGAAAUGGAUCGAGGGACGCACGCUGAAAAUCCAUCCCUCAUCUUCAGCAUCUUGGAGACAGCCUCUUGGGGAGUCUGGACUCUUGGAGUUCGUCCUCUCUACCGUGCCUAUCAAAAAGGGGCCACAGCACCCCCUGAACAAGCAGGCUCUUCGCCUGCUCGGCAAUGCUUGUGCAGACUGCGACGAAAACCGAGCUCGCAUUGUCAGCACCGGGGCACUCCGCAGCUUCGUCAUGAGCAUCAUCGAGGACCCGCAAGAAAACGGUUUUCUCCCAUUCGCGAUAGCUGCAGCUCUGAACAUCUGUGUUGACUACAAACCCGCCCAGGAACAGGCGUCGGAAGCCGGUCUGAGUAAAGUGUUUAUUGACCUCGUCUCUGGCGAGCGGCUGUCAUCAUGCCAGAACUCUCUCAGCCAUAUUAUGACAAUUCUGGAGCUGCUCUCCAACCAAGACUCUGAGCCCAAGAUUGCCAACCCCAAUACGCCCGCUCUUCUUCUCGGUCUAGCAACCGGUGAGAAAUACGAUGCCGACCUCGACACCUUCAUGGAGAUCUGCGCACCAGCCCUUGCCUAUCUGACAUUUCAAGACUUCCAGCCGGUGCUUGUGAAGAAUGGGGGCAUCGAACUGUUGCAACUGGCGUUCCAUCAGUUGUAUACCCGCUUUGACACAGCAGACGCGGAUCCUGAUACCGCCAGCCAGCUCAAGCAGGUUGAAGGGGCUUUCCUCACCAUCUUCGCCGAUAUCUCAGACAUCCCUGACUUCCGAGCCGCCUACCCUCUCAACAGCAAAAUCGUUCAAACACUGGUCGACUGGUUGGCAUCACCAACCCUCCCUAACCUACAAGCAGCUGCAUGCCUUUCCCUCGGAAACCUCAGCCGCUCUGACGAGUCCAGUACAGCACUUCUCGCGCGAGUCCAAAAGCCCCUCCUCGCCAUUCUUUCCCGUGCCAUCCCCCCGAGUCUCUCCCAACCCCAGGACCUCAAGACCCCGGCACCACCUCUCCAACUGACUCACGCCGCUCUUCAUUUCCUCAAGAACCUAGCGAUCCCGCAGACCAACAAGCCAAUCCUAGGUGCCCCCCUUCUCGAUCCCGUCCACGGCCUCCUCCCGCGCCUCUGGACCUCAACCCGCACACAACCCCAGCUCCAAUUCACCGCCGUCUCCCUCACCCGCCUCCUCCUCGCAAACUGCCCAACCAACAUCCGCCACAUCUGCACGCCCACCACAACCAGUGACACCGCAGACAAUGACAACCCCCCCAGCAACCUCGCCCUCCUGACCGCAACCGCCGCCUCCGCCGACGAAGAACCCAUCAAGAUCGAAGCCGCCCGCGCAGCAAGCCUGGUCAGCCGCGCCCUGCACAGCACGCCGCCCACCACCGAACUGCUCGACCCAUCCUGGACUUGGUCCUCCCCAGCAGCCGAAGCAGCAGCCGAAGCAGAAGACCAGCCCCAACCCAACCCCACCACCGCCAAUACGGCCCUCGCGCGCUUCCACGCCGUCCACGACCGCACCACCACGACCCCACCCCUCCGCCUCCUCCUCACCAACACGCGCUUCCCAUCGCUCCGCUCCGAGACCGUCUUCGUGCUCGCGCUGAUGAGCCGCGCGGGCGGAGAGGGCGCGCGCGCGGCGCUGCAGGUGCUACACCCGCAACCACCACCUCAGGACAAGAUGUGGCGGGCGCUAGCCGAGGCGAUUGCCGGGUCUGGGUCGGCGGAGGUGGAGGGGUUGGCGGCUGCGGUUGGUACGGGGGUUGUUGAAGAGAUUGUGGAGGAUGGGGAUGGGGAUGGUGCGGGAAGUGGUGAGGUGGGGAAGAAAGAAGAUAAAGAGGACGGGGGGGUGACGGUGGAGAAGCUGUCGCUGGAACCGCAGCAGGUUGGUGGUGGUGGUCUCAGUGUUCCUGGGCAGGCACAGCCGCCGGCACAGGUUGCUAAGAUGGACCGGGAGAACGGGAUGGUGCUGGUUGCGGAGCUGCUGAGGCAGUUUCCCGAGGAAUUGUCGACCCUGAGGAGGCCCCUGGAAGCGGUCCUCAACAAGGGCGCCGAUUUGGUGGCUCUGGAUCGAGACCAGGAGAACUGA